AAUGAGGCGGUCUGAAGGAGUCUGGAGUCAAAUUCCUGAACACGUAGGAGCUCCUCGCGCUGCUCCGACACGACGCACGACCGACGCAGGAGCGCAGCGAAUAACGGAUUACUGAUCAAAUCAUCGAUCAGACACGGAUUUAUAUUUAUUUCUUCUACUUUAAGCCUACAACACGUCAUCGGAUAUCUAUCCAUUUUUCCCACAAAAAAAAAAAACACGACAUGAAGAUCUUUCCUCUCCAGACCGUCUGUUUACGCGCAGCUGGACCCACUUGUUUGCCGUGAGAAGAAAUGUAACAAGUAUCAAUACUUUAGUCAGAGAGUGUUUAGUAUGGUCGAAGGAGCGCGCGUAAAGAGCCGGUUUCACACGUCAUUCCAAAGAAGUGGAAAAAAAUAACAGCCCGGGUUCACUUUUCCACAACGGAAAUGAGCUCAGUCCCACUGCCUGGCUCCGCUUCUUCUAAAACAUGGUCGAUGUUCACUCCAUGGAGCACUACCGGGAUCUGAUCUGACUUGUGCCCAUAAACAGCGUGUUGUUGGUGGAAAGAUGUUUGCUGGACUGAUGGGGCUGGACUGUCACAGUAACUCUCUGCUUCACCACCGCGAGGUUAUUGAAGGUGGCAGAGCGUCAGGGACAGCUGGCAGCUCUGCUCGUAAGAGGCUCCACCGAAGGCCAGGGUACAUGAGAGGAGAGCAGUCCAGACUACAGAGCACUACUCCUUGGCAGGGGGAGGAGGAGGAGGAGGAAGAGGAGGAGGAAGGGAGGAAUACUUGCGUUAGGAAUGGAAAAUCUGGACGUCACAAUGACAUCACAGAGGGAACCAGCGCUCAGAGUCUAACGCCUGCUGUCAAAGUGUCCUUAAUGAAUCAGCAACAGCCUGAUAAACUCACAUGUAGCACCUGGAAGAGUAACAGUUUCCUCAGCUCUGUUGCCCCUGUGGACUGCAAUGGUGUUAACAGUAUAUCCACCCACCAGGGUCCGUCCUCUUUGCCCCAGAAUGAACUCAGGUUAAGCCCAAGCCCGGCCCUCAGAUCCCCACAAGAGGACUCCUUCAACUCCAGCUUCAGUUUCAUCCAACAGUCUCUCAACUCCAGCCAGAGGACCGACACAACCACGGUCACACCAACCCGGGAUCCAGAACCACUAAAUCAGUCCACCAAUGCACCUAGUUCACCGAAAACAAAACCAGCGACCUUUUCUAUUUUGCACAAUGUCUCAAAACAGUCAACUCCCGUCCAAUCACAGCCCCCAAACAGCCAUGCGGAGAAAGAGGAGCUGUCAUUAGGCAGGAGGUUUUGGCGGGACUGUCUGUGGGGUGACAGGGAGGUUUCGCCCGACCUGCCUGACUGUGACUCCCAAUCUCUGGAUAUAGAGAUCACCUCCUCACUGUCAGUGGAUUCGGACACCGCCUCUGCCUCCUCUGUCACCUCUGGCUACGAGAGCGCAACGCCUGCCUCUGACCAAGGCUGGGACAACCUGGUGAAGAAGUACGAAGGUGUGCUGCAAGACUGCCUCCAAAACAACCGCACUCACACCAAGAUUGAGUCCAUGAUGUUGAAGCUGCAGCGACUUCAGCAGAAAGCCAUUUUGGAUGACGACUAUGACGCAGCUGAGCGUUUUGGGAAAAAGCUGGAGGAGCUGUGCAGGGAGCGAGGUGCCCUGAAGCUGGGUUUACCCUCCACGCAGCCCAGCGUGGCUCUGUUCCUGGAGCGGCUCAGACAGGUGGUGCACAGCGCCCUCCAGAGGGCAGAGUGCAGUCAGUGCAGGGAGACUGUGGAGCCUGAUGCAGGGGAGCAAUGCGAGUCACUGCAGGGUCCACUGCAUCGAAGAGAUCGCCUGAUCCAGGAGAAACGGCUGGUCGAGGAGGAGAUAGCUGAGCUGCAGCGAAGGCUAACGGAGCUGAAGGACCGCAGUCGAUGCCUGGAGCAGCAGAUCCAGCAGGAGGAGCAGCAGGUGGAGGCCGAGGAGCUGGAGGGCUCUGUGCUGAGGAGCUGCACCGUGGCGCAGCUCCGCGAUAUGAGCCGAACCCUGCAAGACCUCGUCACCUCUGAAAAUCGCAUGCAGAUCUCCGUCUCUCCGUCACCCUCAAUGCUCAGACUCCAGGAGCAGGAGCAGGCUCUGAAUCUGUCCAUCAAGGAGGCCACUGCUAAAGUGGUCAUGAGUCAGAGGCUGGGCAGCAGCCUAAGGAGGAAAGUCAGUGAGACUGAAACUCAGCUUUUAGCACUGCAUGAAGCCAAGCUGGCAGCCAUCUCAGGUAAUGACUUCAGCAGUGCCAAGGAGCUGAAAGCUGAGAUGAAGGCAGUGUACCUGGAGCGGGACCGGCUGGAUGCCUUGGCCAAGAGGCUGCACAGUCUCAGCUCGGGAAGCAGCCAGGAGCUAGCCAGGAUGAAGGAGCAGCGGCAGCAGCUCAGGCAGGAGCUAGAGCAGAGGGAGGCCCAGCACGAAAGCCGGCUAAAAGAGAACACUACCAAGUAUAUCAAGCUAUUGGAGGACAGAUUGCACAGCUGUGGCUGUCCGGGCUUGGAGCGGAUCUGGGAGGCUGACAUGGAGGCAUGUCACUUGUUCUUGCGAGGCCUCCAGUUGCGAACACCCAGCUGCAGUGGAGGAGACAUCGAAGACCUCCCCACUGCAGCAAUUCAUCCUCCGACCCAGCCUUGCACCAAAGAAGAAGAAGACUGUGCCAUGCUGACUGCAUUGGGAGGGCGCUGGUGUCCCGAGGCCAACUUACAGAACUCUGAGUUCACCAAGAAAUUGGAGGAGUUUUUGUUCUGCAUGGAAGAAAAUCAUCCAGAGGAUGGGUGCAGCGAGGCUGCAGACCUGACCGAGCGUUGCGAGCUGAUCAGUGACAGACUAAUGACCUUGGAAGAUGAACUGCAAACGGCCAUACUGAACCGGGAUCAGGCCCUUACCCAGUCGCUGGAGAAGGAGGUCCAGGAAGUAAAAUCCACUUUACAGAGCAUGCUCGCACAGCUCAAAGAGGAAGAAGAGGAGGAAGAGGAAGUGAACGAGUUACAAGAUGAUGACCUAAUGAAAAUUGGGACAGAGGAAGAAGAGGAGGAAGAGGAGGAAGAUGAGGAUCAGUACUUCAGUGACAGCUGGGGCAUUUGAAAUGGAUGCUUGUCGUGUUUUAUGACCACUCACAGACGGAGCGGCUCUCUGAGAGUCUGACCUCAGCUUUGCAGUAGGACUGACCUCGUAUCCAUUUACUGUAAAGCCUCACUCAGAGGGCUUCACAACCGGCCUCUGGUACUGCUGAAAGUUUCCACUACAAAGCCUCGUAAAGUCUGUGUAAUGUCUGGUCCAUCUGCAGAUGGAAAAACCUGAAGGAUUUUGAUAUAAAUGCAAAAUAUAAGACACUUUAAUGCAAAUGUAUGAAGUUCCUCAAAUCUUGCCAGCUUGAGUUUACUCAGGUAAAGAGUGCCUUACAGGCCAUAGAGCUGACAUGUGAUUUUUUUUUUUCAAUUGAGUUUUUUUAUGCAAGUUUUCAUGUCUUGUCUUACUCGUGCUGAGCAAUUAGUGGGAUUGUGUUUUUUUCCUUAUUUACCAUAAAAAAUUAACUAAUAUCAGGUGAUUAUUUGGCUUAUUGAGGCUCUCAGAAGUUUGAAAACUUAAAAAGUCCCUUAAAAAGAGACUGUGUAACUUUUGAUGAACAACUUGCAUUAGUCAGAUUCAAACAGUCCUACCGCUAAGUGCAAAUACAUAAAAAUACUGCUUUAUAUGAUGUUAUUGAUACAUUUUCCAUGUUCUUACAUUCUAUGGCCAAUAUGAUACAAUAUCAGCUGGUAAAACAUGGCAAAAAUCAUCCCAGUGUGCACCUCAAUGCACAACAAGCUAACAGAGCGAAAGCUAGCUUCACUAAAUAGCAUGGUACAACAGCUGUAAGCAAAAACAUAUGAUUGGUUGAUGCUUCACCAUUUCAUUGGAGCUCUGAAAAAAGUUGAGGACAGCUCAGCUUUGAUUUGUAGUGAGUCAGGCCCGUCACACAGUGAUAAGUGGGGCUUCAGUUUGAAGUUUCAUGUCAGCAGCUGCAAAUACUGAUUAUUUUUUAUUAUCAAUCAAUCUGCCAAUUACUGUUACAAUUAAGCAUUUAGUUAAAUGUCAAACAUGCUCAUCACAAUGUCCCCGAGCCCAAGUGACGUCUUCACACUGCUUCUUUUGUUCAAGCUAAAGUGCAAAACCCAAAUACUAUCAUACAUUUACUCCAUCAGAUAUCAAUAUCUAUUAUAAAAGACAAAGAAAAGUCAAUUCUCACGUUUAAGAAGCUAGGACCAGCAAAUGUGUGACAUUUUUGCUUGAAAAAUGACUGAAAUGAUUAAUCAAUCAUAAAAAUAGUUGUCAAUUAAUUCUUUUUUGAUGAUUAAUUGACUAACUGUUGCAGCUCUACAUGUAGCCUGUUGCUUUGUACCUUGUGGUGUGAACUUGAUGACUCACAGCAGUAUACAGCAAUAUUAGCCGCCAUGUUACACUACAGGCAAAGUAAAGCUGUAUCACCAAAACCCUUGUUUGAAUUAAAUGGAACCAGGGUGAGGUACAUUACUCAUUAAUUUUUAUUUUGUAAGAGAAAGGAAGUGUUAUUUCUGCUUUCAAAAGUUACACAGUCUCAUUUAAAAAUUAAUGACGAAAACGAAAAUGUUUUUUUUUUUUGUUUUUUUUUUAAUGGCAAACCUGAAACCAGCUGAAGCUGAAAAAUCACUUAUUGCUCGCCACAACCACUUAAUUGAAUUUUGUCUGAGCACCAAGUGGACAGCCCAAACAUGUUUUACCGGUAACAGUCUUGCACAUAAACUUAAAUGUAUGCUUAAUUUUUAGGUAAGCUAGGCACUUAUGUGUGUUUUCUGUACGAUUGGACUUCAGUUAAGUGUAAUUUGUCCAUGAAAUAACUCAUUUGUGGUGCUACAGUUAAUGUGAGCUAACUUGAACACUUUAUUUUCUUUGUGUGGAAAAUGCAAUAUUUAGAUUUCUUCCUCCCUGUCUCAAAGCACUGUAUGCAUGGAGUGAUGCUCUUUAUUUUAAAAUACGUCUGUCACAAGUAAAAUUGUGUCUUAUGCAUGUAGGAAAUACUGAAGGGUAAAAAAAUCAGUGGACAAAUAAGUAUUUGCAACUGCUGUUUUUUUUUUCUAAAAUAAUUGCAUCUGCCACUGAUUGUGUGUUGUUUUUUAUUUUACUUAAUGUCAGCAGAAUGUUCUUCUUCAUUCCACUGGGUAUCCCAUUUUUGUACCUUCACCCAUUAAUCCGUUUUUUAAUUUACUGUGCAGCUUGAAGUCGCUGUAUCAUAUUUUAUAUUUAUUCCUUACAGCAUCUCACUAAUUACAGCAUGUUGUGUUCAGCCUAA